AUGAUAUCAGGCUACACAUAUCAUGGAGAAGGACAACAUGCCUUGAGGGUAACUCCAAAUGAGGUUACCCUUUUGUCUCUUUUGACAGCUUGUAGCCAUUCAGGAUUAGUUCUUGAGGGAAAAAUGUUGUUCAAUAGAAUGAUUCAUUACCAUCACUUGAAAUCCAACAUUCAGCAUUAUGGAUCACUAGUUGAUCUUCUUGGCCGAGCAGGGUUUCUUGAAGAAGCAAAAGAGAUGAUUGAACUGAUGCCUAUUGAACCUGAUGCUGCAAUCUGGAGGUCCUUCCUCACAGCUUGCUUAGUCCAUGGGAACUUGAACUUGGCUGUAAUAGCAGGAAGGAAGGUGAUUGAGUUAGAAGCAAGUGAUGAUGGUCUUUAUAUGCUUUUGUGGAAUGCUUAUUAUGCUGCAAACCUGUGGAAAGAGGCAUUAGAAGUAAGGAAGCUGAUGAGAACUAGUAAGGUUAGACGAAAGCCUGGUUGUAGUUGGGUUGAAGUGAAUGGUAUUGUUCAAGAGUUUCAUGCUGAUGAUACAUUGCUUCAUUAUAGCUCUGAGCUUUGCUUAUUGCUAGAAGAACUGAAGGAGCUCUCAAAGACGGAGCUAUUUUGGAAAGCCUUGGUCUUUAGAAAUAACUGA